AUGUCUUCUAUCCGAGUCGCAGUCACCCAGGCAGAGCCAGCAUGGCUGGAUCUAGCCGAGUCGGUCAGCAAGGCAUGUACGCUCAUCGCAGAGGCGGCCGAAGGCGGGGCCAAACUCGUCGCAUUCUCCGAAGUAUGGAUUCCCGGCUACCCAGCAUGGAUCUGGGAUCGCCCGGUUGAUGUCGAGCUUCAGACGAAGUACACCUACAACUCCCUGUCGCUCGACUCGGAAGAAAUGGGCAACCUCAAAGCGGAGGCCAAGCGCCACUCCAUCGCCGUGGUCAUCGGCUUCUCGGAGCGGACCCCUUCCCAGAGCGUCUACAUCUCACAGGCCAUCAUCUCACCCCAGGGCGAGGUAGUGCUGCACCGACGCAAAGUCAAGCCGACACACGUGGAGCGCACCAUCUUCGGGGACGGCUCCGGAGCGGACCUGACCAGCGUGGUGGAGAUCGCCUUCGGCGCGCCGCACGGAAAGAUCAAGGUGGGCUGCUUCGCGUGCUGGGAGCACACGCAGCCGCUCCUCAAGUACCACGGCAUCUCGCAGGGCGAGGUGAUCCACGUGUCGAUGUGGCCGCCCGUCGACCCCACGACGGGCGUGGACCACCCCGGCCUGUGGAGCAUGACGGCCGACGGGUGCCAGAACCUAUCGCAGACCUAUGCCGUCGAGAGUGCGGCCUAUGUGCUUCAUUGCACGGCAGUCUGCGCCGAGAAGGGCGUGGAGGCUAUGAGGACGCAGAACGGCCUGCUGUGCCGCGCACCGGGAGGAGGACAUAGUUGUGUCAUAGGGCCCGAUGGCAGACGCCUGACGGAACCCGUUGGGGAUGGGAAGCCUGAGACGGAGGGCAUCCUCUAUGCGGACCUUGACUUGACCAAGGUUGUGGCGACCAAGGCCUGGUUGGACACUGUGGGGCACUACAGUAGGCCGGAUCUUCUCUGGCUGGGUGUUGACAAGCAGCAGAAGGAGGUCGUUGUUGCCAAGUCCCGUGAACAGGAUUGA